AUGGAGUCGCAGCGCCUUCAGCGGGCUCUGAUUGUUCGGGAGCCGUGGGCAGGCUACCUCGUUGACGGCAAGAAGACCUGGGAACUGCGUGGGACGGCUUGUCACAUACGCGGUCGUGUCGGAAUCGCCGUGGCAGGACAGAUCAUCGGCGAGGUGCGCAUUGUGGACUGCAUUAAGGUUGCCGAGCAGGCCACCGACGGCUCGCUCGUCGAGGUCGCAGGGAACGAAGAUUGCUUCCCGCCGUUGCCAGCGAAUCGGCCGCGACACCGAGUCGACGACUUCCAGGCUUUCCAGUGGCGGUGCUGGCAUGCCUGGGUGGUGGAGGAUCCCGUGCGGUACGCAGAGCCGGUCACCUACCAGCACAAGAGAGGCGUCGUGAAUUGGGUCAAGCUCGACAAUGUGGUUGAGCCUGAGAAGCACUGCUCGGAGCCGAAGCCGCUCAAACGCCCCGCCGCUGAACUAAGUGACGGGAGCCGUUCGGACAAGAGCGCCCGCUUGUGA